UGAGAAAGAGAGAGAGAGAGACGAAGAACAGAGAGAGGUAUAACAGAAAGAUGGGAGUCGGAGGAUGGCGGUGGAGAAGGACAGGGACGAGGAGCGCGGGAAGAAGAAGAAGAAGACGACGAAGGAGGAGGAGGAGGAGAGCGCAAGAAGGCGAGACAAACGAAACGAGGGAGAGCGAGGAGGAGGAGGACAAGGAGCGUGGGAAAGACGAAGGAGGAGGAGGAGGAAGAGGAGGAGGANGGAGGAGAGCGAAAGAAGGCGAGACAAACGAAACGAGGGAGAGCGAGGAGGAGGAGGACAAGGAGCGUGGGAAAGACGAAGGAGGAGGAGGAGGAGGAGGAGGAGAGCGAAAGAAGGCGAGACAAAAGAAACGAGGGAGAGCGAGGAGGAGGAGGACAAGGAGGGCGGGACAAACGAAGGAGCAGGGGAAAGGAGGAGGAAGACGAAGACGAGGCGGACGAAGAAGGAGAAGAGGAAGACGACAAGGAGGAGGAGGAGGAGGCUCAGGAGGAGGACAAAGAGGGAGAGAGAAGGAGCAGGAGGAGGAGGAGGCUGAGGAGGAGGACAAAGAGGGCGAGAGAAGGAGCAGGAGGAGAAAGACGACGGAGAAGGAGAAGGAGGAAGACGGCGAGGAGGAGGAGGAGGAGUAAGGAGGAGGAGGAGGAGCAUGAAGAAGGAAUAAUAAAAUAGUGAAGAAAAUAGGAAAUUAAUGAAACGGAGGACGCGCU